AUGGAUAUCUUAAAUAAAUCUAAUAAUAGUCCGAUCAUCGUGACAACCCGUGAUGCUGGGGUUCUUAUAACAGCAGGGAUUGCUGCUGGUUAUAAUUUAAAAGGAAUGGAUAGACAUAAUGGCAGAGAACUUUUCUGCUGGCAUGCUUUCGACCAACCCAAUCACUCUAGCAGUAUAGCCGAAAGAGUAUGGGAGGGAUCAGGAUGGAACGGUCAACAUGCCCUGGAAACACUCAAAGACAAAUGUCUUGUAGAACUAGAAGGAAUAAAAAAUGAUGAAUUGAGAAUGCAUGACCACCUUAGGGACUUGGGAAGAGAAAUGGCACCUGAAUUCGGUCCUCCUCAUCGUCUGUGGCGUCCUGCAGAUCUGAAAUAUUUGGAAUUAGGGGGUUUCAAAAAAAUUCUUGCCAAAACCGAUGUCCGGUGUUUCCAUUCCAUUUUCGACAAGUCCAUGGAUUCUCACAUUACAUUCUUCCUAGGCCAGUCAGACAUUUGUUUUGAUACGUUGCCUUCCUUACUGUGGCUGCAGCUUGAUGGGAGUUCAAAAGAACUGCCAAGCAUUCCUUCAUGGAUUCCUCUUCAAAAUUUGCGUUAUUUGAAAAUCCACUUUGGACAAUUCAAAACGUUGUGGGAGAAUAGUAGACAGGCACCCUCCCACUUGAAAGAGCUGCUGAUUUCUCAAACCUCUUUGAAGGAGUUCCCAAAUUUUUCAGAAAUAUCAGAUAGUUUAGAAAAUGUGUUCUUAGAAAAUAAGGGAAAGUCCGGGACAUCUGAUCUUACAAAUCUUGUGCUGUUAAAUAUUACUGAUUGCCCAGAGUUUGUGAAGUUUUGUCUCUGGGGUAUGAAGUGUCUACAGAGGAUAACAUUUCACAGAAAUGUGAAAGUGAAAUAUUUUGUGUUGGUUGGUUGUCCAAAUUUGAAAAAGGUAUGUUUUGGUUAUGAAAAACUCAUAAAAUUAAGCAUCCGUGACUGUCCAGAGCUUGAGAAAUUGUCAGAUUUUAGAGGUUCAAGUUGCUUGGAGAGGAUUAUAAUUGAUGGGUCUAGGAAGCUCCAUUGUCUUCGAUUGGUUGGUUGUCAAAAUUUGAAAAGCGUGUCAGGUAACUUUGAGCUUAUAGAGUUAUUCAUUAAUGACUAUCCUAAGCUUGAGGAGUUGCCAUGUUUUGCUAGAGUGGAGCAAAUUGAGAUUUAUUCUUGUGAAAAGCUACAGAAUAUUAUUCUACCAAGAACACUCAUCAGACUGUCCCUGCUACGUUGCAGAGAAUUGAAAAGGGUCCCAGGAAUCGGUGAUCAUAUGAAGCUUACAGAGCUGACUAUUAGUGAGUGUCUUGAGCUUGAGGAGUUUUCAAGUCUUUCCAGACUGAGCUGCUUGGAGAAAAUUGAGAUUGACUCUUGUGAGAAGCUACAGAACAUUACCCUGCCAACAACACUCAUCAGUCUCACCCUGAUAUGUUGCAAAGAAUUACAAGGAAUGGCUGGAAUCGAUGACCUUACAAAGCUUACACGGCUGAUUAUUAGACAAUGUGCCGAGCUUGAGGAGUUGCCAAGUCUUUCCCGACUAAGCUACUUGGAGGAUAUUGAGAUUGAUUCCUGUGAGAAACUACAGAACAUUACAUUGCCAACAGCUCUCGAAGUAAUAGCAAUUGGUGAUCUCACAAAGCUUAGAGAGCUGAUUAUUAGUGAGUGUCCUAAGCUUCGGGAGUUGCCAAAUCUUGCCACACUGAGCUGUUUGAAGAAAUUUGAGAUUAAUCAUUGUGAGAAGAUAGAUAACAUUAUGCUGCCAACGACUAUCAUCAGUCUAUCUGUACGAAGUUGCAGAGAUUUGCAAAGAGUAGCAGGAACCGCUGAUCUUACAAAGCUUACAAAGUUGUACAUUAAUGACUGCCCUAAGCUUGAGGAGUUGCGAAGUCUUGCCAGUGUGAGCUGCUUGAAGUGGGUUGUAAUUAAGAGCUGUGAGAAGUUUGUGCCAUCAGAUUAUAUCCUUGUGAUUGGAAAAGCAGUGGAUGGAGCGGAGUCAACGUUAAACGAAUAUCUAUUUUCUGAUGCUGAUCUUGGCAUCCAAGCAGUCACUGAAAUUGGUACUCACAAAACUGCUCUCAAGGAAAUGUCAGCCAUUGGAUGCACUGUGAUUAUUGUUGAUAGCUGCACUUUGGUAGAGGAUAUAAAUAAAUCACUUCACAUUGCCCCCUUGAUUAUGGCAGCGCAGUUGAAUUGCGUGAGGGAGAAUGGGUAA